UUUUAUUUUCCAGCUUAUAUAAGGGAGAGACAGACAAGUGGAAGGAGGCAGACAACUGGAGGGUGUGUUCGAGGCAGCUGAGGACUUCUUGGAGCUGUAGUUCAGUGGGGCAGGUUGUUACAGGUUAGCAGGUUGCUAUGGCUUCUGGACCGAAAAUGUCUGCCCCCAUUUGUCUGGUGGAAAAUAACGGUGAGCAGCUGAUGGUGAACCAGGAAGCUAUACGGAUUCUUGAGAAGAUUUCUCAGCCAGUGGUAGUGGUGGCCAUUGUUGGACUGUACCGUACAGGAAAAUCCUACUUGAUGAACCGUCUGGCAGGACAGAAUUGUGGCUUCCCUCUGGGCUCCACCAUACAAUCUGAAACCAAGGGCAUCUGGAUGUGGUGUAUGCCCCACCCCACCAAGCCAAAAUGCACCCUGGUCCUUUUGGACACUGAGGGCCUGGGUGAUGUGGAAAAGGGUGACCCUAAGAAUGACUCUUGGAUCUUUGCCCUGGCUGUGCUUCUCAGCAGCACCUUUGUCUACAACAGCAUGGGCACCAUCAACCACCAGGCCCUGGAGCAGCUGUAUUAUGUGACAGAACUGACAGAAUUAAUCAGGGCAAAGUCCUCCUCAAAUCAUGAUGAAAUAGAAGAUUCCACAGAGUUUGUGAGUUUCUUUCCAGACUUUGUCUGGACUGUACGGGAUUUCACCCUGGAGCUGAAGUUUGAUGGUCACCCCAUCACGGAAGACCAGUACCUGGAGAACUCGUUGAAGCUGAUUAAAGGGAAAAACCCCAAAGUUGAAAAAUCCAAUCAGCCCAAGGAAUGCAUCAGGACUUUCUUUCCAAAACGGAAGUGUUUUGUCUUUGACCGGCCGAUAAAUGACAAAGAACACCUAGCCAAAAUUGAGAAUGUCUCAGAAGACCAACUAGAUCCUAAAUUCCGGGAACAAACCAAUAAUUUCUGUUCAUACAUCUACACCCAUGCAAAGACCAAGACCCUCAGAGAGGGAAUUGUGGUUACUGGGAAUCGCUUGGGGACUCUGGUGGCGACCUAUGUAGAUACCAUCGCUAGUGGGUCAGUGCCUUGUUUGGAGAACGCGGUGACCACUCUGGCCCAGUGUGAGAACUCGGCAGCCCUGCAGAAGGCAACCCACCACUACAGUGAGCAGAUGGCCCAGCGAGUGGAGUUCCCCACAGACACACUCCAGGAGCUGCUGGAGGUGCACGCAGCCUGUGAGAGGGAAGCCAUCGCAGUGUUCAUGGAGCACUCCUUCAAGGAUGAAAAUCAGGAAUUCCAGAAGGAGCUGGUGAAAAUAAUAGAGGAGAAGAAGAAAUAUUUCUUGCUGAAGAAUGAAGAGACCUCUGAAAAAUACUGCCAGGAUGAACUGAAUAAGAUUUCAAAGGUCCUAUUGGAAAGCAUUUUAGCAGGAACUUUCUCUGUUCCUGGAGGCCACAAGCUCUACAUGGAAGCAAGGGAAAAUGUUGAACAGGCGUAUUUGCAAGUGCCGAGGAAAGGCAUCAAGGCAGGUGAUGUCUUCCAGAGGUUCUUGCUGUCACAGGCACCAACGGAGAAAUCCAUCUUGCAGGCAGAUAAAGCCCUUACUGAUGGGGAGAAGGCCAUUGCAGAGGAGCGAGCCAAGAAAGAGGCAGCUGAGAGGGAACAGAAGAUUUCGAGACAGAAACUACAGGAACAGCAGCAACAGAUGGAGGCUCAAGAGAAGAGUCUCAAGGAAAACAUGGAGCAACUGAAAAAGAAGUUGGAGGAGGAGAGAGAAGAGCUCUUGAAGAAUCAGAAUAUCAUGUUGGAGCACCACCUGAAGGUUCAAAAGGAUUUGCUUGAGGAAGGAUUUAAGAAGAAAUCUGAGGAAAUGGAUGCAACGAUUAAUCAUCUGAAAAAUAUGAUUGAUGCAACAAAAGAGGAUAAUGUUCCCUGGAUUUUAAAAGUCUUGGACGUAUUUGGCAAUGGGCUAAAUUCAGUAUUAUCUGUUGGUACCUCUGUUGGUAAAAUUGUGAAAGGAGUCACCUCACUAUUUAAAAGGAAGUAGCUCUUCUUUAAGGAAAUUGUUGAUUGUGGUACAUGCUUUUGUCUGUUUUGGUGCUCAUGUUUUUCAUUUUCAUUCUGUGAAGUUUUAAACAUAAAAAGUGCUUGCUAGAAGAUAUCAGUGCCUGAUCUGCAUUAGAUGAAACAAAUGCAUGGAAACAUUAACAGAUAAUGUUAGCAUUAAUAAACUUACAUUUGCAGUA